UUCAACAGAAGUCUGUUGCUGCGAUUUGUGCUGUUUGUGUGCUGAAGGAGGGUCAUGGACAUUGCUCUCUUCUCUCCCUCUUCGCUUUUCUCUGAGGACGACGACAUCCCUUCCACUGGUGAAGAAAAGGUGGAGACCCAGCAAAGCUAUGUACAGAGGAAACACGUCUUUCCUGGGAUGGAGUUGAUCAUCCGAGAAUUUUCGUUUCAUCGACUGAAUGCUAAUUUACUCUGGCCUGGCACGUUUGCAUUUGCAGAAUGGUUAGUUGAACAUCAGUCCUGGAUACAAGGGCGGCGUUGCAUUGAACUCGGCAGCGGCACUGGUGCUUUGGCAAUUUUUCUUCGAAAAGCAUUUUGUCUUGACAUCACAACUUCGGACUACGCUGAUCAGGAAAUUGAAGAUAACAUUGCUCAUAACUGUAGGGAAAAUGGAAUAACACAAGUUCUUCCUCAUGUAAAACGACCUAUCAUCGGGGAAGACGAUUGGCAGUGCUAGAGCCUAUGAGGGGCUUCAUUUCCUUGACAAUUUAGAAUCUAAGAGUCGGCAAGCACUUGUGUCAGGAGUGUCACCUGUUUCGGUUUCUACUGAUAGAAAUAUAAUGUUGUGGCAUCAUAGACUAGGCCACCCU